CUGAAUUAGGAUUAGGGUUAGGGUUUUCCACUCUCACCCCUCGAAAUCAAGAUGCUUACCGUCGAUUUAACCAAGAAACGAAAGAUCGAUGAGAACGGCGUCUCCGUGGUGCUACCGGAGCCGGAUCCAAUCGCGGGGCUUAUCCCUCAGGAUGUGCGUAAGAUUAUCGAACGCUUCACAACCGACCAACUCCUCGACAUCCUACAGGAAGCCGCUUCCCGUCACAUUGAUGUCCUCAACGCUGUUCGUUCAAUCGCCGACCAGGACCCCGCCCAGCGUAAGCUCUUCAUCCGCGGUCUUGGCUGGGAUACGACAACAGAGGGGCUUCGCACGCUUUUCUCCGCCUAUGGCGACCUCGAGGAAGCUAUCGUAAUUCUCGACAAGGCAACUGGGAAAUCUAAGGGUUAUGGUUUUGUUACGUUCAAACACGUGGAUGGCGCUUUGCUUGCACUUAAAGAGCCCAGCAAGAAGAUCGACGGAAGGGUUGCUGUUGCUCAACUUGCGGCGGCGGGGAAUACUGGAGCCAGCACGAACCCUGUUGAUAUUCAUUUGAGGAAAAUUUACGUGGGAAGUGUUCCCUAUGACAUGCCUGCGGAUAAGUUGUUAAGCCAUUUUGCACAAUAUGGGGAAAUCGAAGAGGGCCCUUUGGGUUUUGAUAAGCACAGUGGGAAAUCAAAGGGGUUUGCGCUUUUUGUGUAUAAGACUGCGGCAGGAGCGCAAGAAGCGCUAAGGGAGCCGGUAAAGAAUAUUGAUGGUAGACAGAUGAACUGUAAGCUGGCAAUUGACGGGAAGAAAGGGAAGCCAGGCGGGCCAGGACAGGAUGGUGUUCAGGGUGGUGGUCUUGGGAGUGGAGAUGGGAUGGGGAUGGGGGCCCCGCCUGCUCCUGGGGCUUAUGGAGGACCUGGUGGUUUAGGGGCUUAUGGCGGGUUUUCUGGUGGAUUGCAGGGUCCGCCGCCAUUAGGUUCUCAUCAUUUGAAUUCAACAGCUGUUGGGGCAUCUUCUUUGGGUGCUUCUACUGGUUCUGGGGGUUAUGGAUCUGGGCUUGGAGGCCCUUAUGGGGGGUAUGGAGGACCAGGCUCAACAGGAUAUGGUGGUGCUGGCGGUGGUGGAUUGGGCGGUACUGGGGGUGGGCUUGGUGGUGCUGGGGGUGGGCUUGGUGGUGCUGGUGUUGGGUCCUCUUUGUACAGGUUGCCUCCAAGUUCUGCUGGCAUGCCAUCAGGUGGGUAUCCAGAUGGUGCACACUACAAUUCAAACUUUCCAAGUCAGCAUCACCAGGCAACGGGGACUUCACCUUUGCCAAGGGUUCCACCUGGAGGAAUGUAUCCUAAUGCGCCAUAUUUCUGAGGUAGUUCUUAAUCUCGUAUCCUGGUAUAUUCAGUCUUUCAACUGUUAAGUGUUUAAUUUGAUAAUUUGAAUUACUAAAUGCUUAUACUUCUCCUUGCAUAUGUCCUUUAUUUUGAAUGUUUGUUCUUUGUGAAUUAUUGAAACUAUGAUUUGUUUGCCCUUUACUGUUAACUGUGUAUUGCAUACUUGUCUCUAUGUGUAUUCAGUGACUCUACAUUUUUCAGUUACAUUCUAUAGGGUCAUAUAUCAUGUUCUCUUUUAAUGAUUACCUGCUUGUUUGCAUUUGUUUCUAUUUGUAUUUGAUGUUGGUUUAUUUGUUGGUUGUUACCUACUUGUUUGUAUUUGUUGGUUGGUGUCCUGCAGUAUGUAUAAUAAUACUAAACAUGUCAGAUUAUG